AUGGCGCCGCCGUUGAUCGACCCCGCGCUGUUUGAUCAGCUCAAGACCAAGAUUGAGGAAGACACCAGCGUCCGCAAGGAACUGGACCAGAUCCUCGAUGAUUUGAAUCAGCAUGUGUCGUUUACGCAGGGGGUGCUGUCGCGGAUACAUUCGACGCCACGGGCGAAGUAUGCGACUUUGUUUGAGCAGGUUGAGGCGGGGGUCAAGAAGGAGAUUGAAACGGUUGGGAGGCUGGGGGCGUUUGCGUCUCAGUUUCCGUAUUACAAAUACAACCACAAGUGGACACGCAUGGUACAGGACGCCAUCUCCACGGUCAUUCUCACUACUUGGCUCGGCGGUUUGUCGACUGAGUCCAAGACGGGCGAGCUCGGUCGUCUGUUGACGCUUGAGGAUAUUGGAGAGGUUUUUAAUGCACCCGUCAACCUCAAGGACCGCGACGCCUUCCACAUCACCAUCGAGGAGUAUCUGCUAGGCCUGAUCUCCGUCAUCGACGACCUAAGCCGGCUGGCUGUCAACUCGGUCACGCUGGGCGAUACGGCUAUGGCGGUGCAGAUCAGCGGGUUUAUCAAGGACCUACACGCGGGAUUCCAGGUGCUGAACCUGAAGAAUGAUAUCUUGCGGAAGAGGGUGGACUCGAUCAAGUAUGCGGUCAAGAAGGUGGAGGAUGUGGUGUAUGAUUUGUCGCUGCGGAAUCUCAUUCCCGCGCAGGAGACGACGCAAUGA